AUGGCAUCCUCAUUGCGGACUUUGAUCCCACGGAGCGCGAGAAGAGCUGGCGGGAGCUUGCUGUUCACAUCAAGAUGGAGCGCAUCACAAAAUCAACGGCGGCAGUAUAGCCUGCAGGCUCCAGAUGCGGCAGAUCCACGACUCAGAGCCGUCGAUGCGUCGGCCCUCAGCAUCACCAAGACCACCUCCCCGAAGCCCAUCACCCCCAGCGAAGAGCUCAUCUUUGGGCGAUCAUUCACCGACCACAUGAUGUCCUUGGAAUGGACAGCAACAGAUGGAUGGCUACCGCCGCGGAUAACACCCUAUCAAAACCUGUCACUCGAUCCCGCGACCUGCGUUCUCCACUACGCAUUCGAAGCGUUCGAGGGCAUGAAGGCAUAUAAAGAUCGGAAUGGGGAUGUCAGACUCUUCAGGCCCGAUAAGAACAUGGCGCGCAUGAACAAGAGUGCGGCACGGAUAGCGUUGCCCACGUUCGAUGGGGAAGCAGUCAUUGAAUUGUUGAAGAAGUUCAUCAAGCUCGAAGAGAGGUUCAUUCCCUCGCAGCGUGGAUACAGUCUGUAUAUCAGACCCAAUAUCAUUGGAACUCAGCGGACAUUGGGCGUUGGACCGCCAGGCAGCGCCAUGCUGUAUGUCAUUGCGUCUCCUGUAGGACCAUACUACCCAACUGGCUUCAAGGCUGUCUCACUUGAGGCAACUGACUACGCUGUUCGCGCAUGGCCUGGUGGUGUCGGUGCUAGCAAGUUGGGUGCAAACUACGCACCUUGCAUCGUACCUCAGAUGCAGGCAGCGACGCGGGGUUUCCAUCAGAAUCUAUGGCUGUUCAAAGAUAUCGACCCCGAGACUGGCAAGGAAGAAGACUUUGUCACUGAAGUUGGCACCAUGAACUUGUUCGCCGCCAUUGUCAACAAGGACGGUCAGAAGGAGCUCAUGACUGCUCCUCUAGACGGCACUAUCCUCGAAGGUGUUGUGAGAGACUCUGUCCUCACUCUUGCGCGGGAGAGGUUAGUGCCGCAAGGAUGGAAGAUCUCUGAGCGGAGGUUCCCCAUGCGCGAGCUGGUUGAAGCUGCGAAUGAAGGUCGGAUGCUGGAGGUGUUCGGAUCAGGCACCGCUGCCACCGUCUCGCCGGUGAGAGUGAUCUCAUACCAGGGCAAGCUCGUGAACUGUGGUCUACCAGACAACGAAGAAGUAGGACCAAUUGCUCUGCAAAUGAAGGACUGGCUCGACGGCAUUCAAUACGGUGACGAAGAGCACCCAUGGAGGUAA